AUGCCAUAUGAGCUUCGACCCGAGGCCAAGUUGAAACGACCAGCACGUUAUGAUGAGUCGGACGACUCAGAUCUCAGCGGUUCGCCAGAACCAAGGUCUGAGAGUCGAGAUUCGGUCAUCGAUUCACAAGUGUCUCCACCCCCAAAUACGUUGACUGCGACCCCCGGCGCACCAAACCCUUUGACUCUCCCCACAGGCGCGCCUCACCUCUCACAAAACCCAUCGCCAGAGAAGGACAAGCCUGAAGUACCCCGCGCCACAAUCCCAAACACAAGUGAUCCCCGGAGGCCUCUAAAGUCUCGUGGGAUGGCCCACGUUAAGCACGUUAAGAAACCCAGUCGCGAGAAUGCCUCGCCAGAGAAUAAACGCGCGAGACACUUCAACAAAACCGCCAAGCGCGUAGCAACACCCCUGGAGGAUGGACCUUCGCCUGCAUUUUCCGCACCCAGACCAGCAGCGUUCCCCUCGCUGACGGACAAUGCCCCACCAUCGCCUCCAGUUGCGAUAGAACUCACCAAGCAUGGCAUGAGAGAGCUGGCGGAGGCUAUGGACGCCGAAGAUUAUGAACGAGUGACCUUUGAAGAGCUAUGGCCGUCAAUACGCCAGGAAAUUAUCGAACGGAUCCUUGACGACUUCGCGCAGAAGAACUAUCCAUCCCCUUUUUACCCAGUAUGUCGCAUCUUGGAUAUCACCAAGGAGAGACUGGAUGCGAUCAUGGCUGAGAAUGCCAGAGUCUGGACCGACGACGAAAUUCCACCAUAUUUCAAAGAGUACAGAAGGCGGUAUCCUAAAGCCAUCAUCGACCCCGACGAGCCUCCACCUCAGUGUGUCGUUGAAGCGAUUGCAUUCUUGAAGCAAAACAGUCUUCCGGGUAGUUUGUUGGGCGAGUGGCAGACUAUGCCGGCAGUCGAAGUAUUCAACAACCCAGCCCCGUUUUACUUCCCCACCAAGAAAGAAGCCUUUGAACUGUUACGGCGUGGUUCGCAGGAUGCUCAAAAUCAAGCCAGUCGAAGGCAGCGAGACGGCAAGAAGCUGCCGCCACCACAAUGCCGUGUUUGUGGACAGACAGGCCACACUUACUGGAAAUUCGACAAGAAUGGAGUGCACGAGUGCCCUCGGCGUCGACAACAAGUUGCCCAGCACAACGCUGAACUUGAGAUCCUCCGCGCGCAAGCAUCCUCCGAAAUCAAAGCCUUCAAGGAACGAGACUUCGCAAUGAAGAACAUCACUCCCAACUGUUCACUGUCAGAAUCUACUCCCAUAGACGCCGCCCCGUACCUCGAAGCCUGGCAAGCGAAUAGAGCAAACCCAAAUCUACACCCCCAUCUUCAGCAGCCGGCAGCUUUACCCGAAGACGGCCGAGCCAAGUAUAUCAACCAGUUACAGACGGAUAAUCUGUCGCAUCCAGGGUGGGUACGAAAUCAACUUACAAACCGCCGGUCGACUCUUACCAGUCAAAUGUCAAUUUCACACGUGGCUAGCAAGCGAAUGAAUCCGCCCAAUCUACCACCAAGACCACAAACCUCAAACUCCUCCGCAAACCCUCUAAUCUGGCCUAAUUCCCGGUGCCUGACUCGGAGGCAAGGAACCAGACUCCAUCCACAAUCUGCUACACUCCAGAUACCCAAGAAGCGCGGUCCGUACAAGAAGAAAGAGGGGAAAGAGGGGCACAAUAGUACUACGCCGCCUAACAGAGUAGUGGGCAGAGACGGUAUGGUCUUCCUGAGUAGUCUGAAACGAACGCAGGAUGAGAUUACGUCCCAGAAACGGCGUGAGGGUGCAGAUGCGACGGUUGAGACGGGAUUGGUGACACCGCCGCUACAGCAGCCGCAUCCGUCAACACCUUCGUCGACCUCGACAUGUAAGGCUGGAGAGACAUUCACAGUGCAGAAGAACGUAGGGGCGACGAAGGAGGUAAAAAUGCUGCGGCAUUCUACUAUACCACCAGUACCAUCAGUAUCUGAGACAAAUGCGGCAUCUGCGAUGGAGAGCAAUGGGGCUAAUGCUACGGUACUGCCUCGAUACCCGUACCAGGCUUCUUCUGCACAGAGGUUGAAAGGUGUGCCUUCGUUAAAGGAAAUGGCAAGAGCGGUCAUGGACCAGCGACAAGUUAAUCGAGGGAAAGAGAAGGUUCCGAGGAUGGAUACUGCACCGUAG